AUUAAGAUGAGACUCGUAGCGUAUUCUCGAAAAGGUUCGUCGGGAAAUUUUUCUGAUCAUUAUCUUCACUGCUUUAGUAUUUACGCGCUCCUUUGAAUCAAUUCCAUCCGUAACAUGCGGAGACAACGAAUCUUUAUCACUGCUUCCGAAUUAUAGAUAUAUGCUGCCGUACGCAUGUAGCUGAUGAAAACUUCGACUCUCUCGCUUAGCGACUGCAGGAAUACGCGUGUAGACUCUAAAUACCCGUUGGCCUGUCACUGUUAGUUAUGGAUCUCUCUCAGGCUCCCGACCGCGUUGGUAGAAGUUCUCAGCAUACCCAAGGCGGCUCCUCCCUGGCUCUCAGUCCUGGUCCUGAUCCCACCAUUGCAGUCCCAGUCCCAAUAAUCGGUCCAGAGAGAAACUCGACAUAUACUUCUAUCAGACACAGUUCACCAUUGUCCGACCAGGGUGACGCGCCCAGGUCGGAUACGUCGUACGCGCCCCUCCAUACCGGGGGAGGCCAACGGAACCAACCUUUGCCUCCGGUGCCAGAUGUACUCCGUCAAGACUCUUUUUCACCUGGGCGAAGAGGAACCCGUGCCUCACGGGGAGACAUUGACUGGAUCAUCCCUAUCGAUAGGUCAGAGAAAGCUUCACGUCUUAAAACAGUAGGCGAGCGCCUACAGCCCACGUUGACUACCGCAGAAACGUCGAGGGACAAAUAUGUUUUGAAAGCGAGGAUGACCGGUUACGCGCUCAAUAUUGCAAUAGGUCUGCAGGUCCUGUUGGGUGCGCUUACGACAGGGCUAUCGGCUGCGACGUCCGGUAAACAGACCUCAAUCGCUAUAUCUAUCCUCGGAGGUAUCGCAACCCUGGUAGCAUCGUACCUCGCCCGAGCUCGCGGUUCCAACGAGCCAGAAUUAUCCAUAACGCGUGUGAAAGAUCUCGAGCAGUUCAUCCGAGAGUGCCAAGCUUUCCAAAUGGACCACGGACACGAUACUGGACACCAGUUUGAUUCGCAGCUGGAGAAUUUCAGACGGCGAUUCGAGGAGCUUCUAGGUAACGCGAAUGGGGAACGAAAGCUAUCACCUGUAUAGAGAUACCCUUCAAGCGACUCGUGAUUUAUUCGGACUGUACUAUAAAUGUAAUAUCAUCACUAAUGCUCGACAAGGAAAUUCAUGAGGAUCAUCUAAUUUCAUGUGCCUCAAGAAAAUUUCCGUUGUCUAAUGCCAUCUUUCUUUCAUGGUAGUGCCUUUUUUCAAUCUGUGCGUUGCGUUCCUUUAUUAUAAAGUUCAAGUUACCAGAGACGCGCCACAAUC